ACGGGGGGAAAGUUCUUCCGGUUUCUCUGCGCGCCAGCAGGCAGCCGAGAUGUUAGCCGUCCUGUCCGUGCUGUGUUUACACCUCUGUAGUCCGGUCUGUGGAGUGUUCCAGAAGCUCUACUGCAGCAUCUCAGACAGCUGCGAAUGUGACUUUAAGCCAAACAUCAGAGACCUGGAGUGGGACCUCUACAAGAAUGUGUACGGGCAACACCUGGCCCAGGACAUCGUGUCGGAGGAGGUGGCGAGGUUCCUUCAGAAUAAAAGCCCCGAGCGGCCCCUGGUGCUGUCCUUCCACGGCUCCUCGGGCACGGGCAAGACGCUGGUCAGCUCCAUUCUGGUCAACCACCUGUACGGCUCGGCCAUGAGCAGCCCCUUCGUCCACACCUUCGUGCCCGCGCUGCACUUCCCCUCGUCGGACCGGGUCCAGCAGUACAGGGAGGAGCUGAAGAGGUGGGUUCUGGGUAACCUGACACAGUGCGCUCGCUCCGUCUUCCUGUUCGAGGAGAUGGAGAAGAUGCCUCCGGGCGUCAUCGACAUUUUGGAGCCCUUCCUCGGCCCCUCGCACGUUGUGUUCCGCACCAACUACCGCAAGGCCAUCUACGUCUUCAUCGGCACCACAGGAGAGGAGGUGAUCCACAGGGAGGUUCUGGAGAGCCGGCAGGCCGGACUCGACCGGGAGGAGAUCCAGUGGGCCGACUUCCAGGACGCCAUCGCACAGGCGGCGUACAACAGCUCAGCCAGCGGUUUCUUCCGCUCCUCCGUCAUCAGCCAGAAGCUGGUCUCUCGCUUCGUGCCCUUCCUGCCGCUGAGCCGGCGCCACGUGGAGCGCUGCGCCCAAUCGCAGCUCUGCCAGCGAGGCAGCUGCGGCCGCGGCGACGUGGUGGCGUCGGUGGGCGGCGACAUGACCUACGACCCUGUGCCAGGUCACUACUUCUCCACCACUGGCUGCAAGACCGUGCCCGCCAAAAUAAACCUCUUCCUGUGAGAGGAAAGGACUCUCACCAACUACCCUCAGGGGGGGGGGGAGGGAUUGAACUCGCAGAGGUUCCCUGAAGGCAUUAUCGAACUGAACCAGGAGUCACGUGAUGCUCCGGCCUCCCCUUUUAACUUAUGAACUCUGGAGUUGGUACGUUCAUAUUUCAGCCGCCGUAUUUAUUCAGUUAUCAUGGAUCUUUUUUCUCAACAUGCAGUUUUUUUUUGUGUGUUUGAGAAUUCGACUACAAAGGGAUAGAAAUGUAAAAAACAAAUAUUUUGUUGAUUUAAAUCUGAAUGUUUUAAUUUGUGUGGGGAAAAAAGCCAACAUUUGUCUUUCAGUCACUCCACACACAAAAAUCUAGAAGAAGAAUUGGGGUGUAAUUCCUCAAGAGAUUUAGAGAAUUGAGAAUGAAUAUCAUUUAAUUAAAUGCAUAUCCUUGAUUAAGAACCUAAAUAUCCUUGAAAUAUCAUCUUCACUCCUCCUAACAACACGUUGUACAUACUUCAUGUAUUAAAACAUGUACGACGUCCACAAGUAUUCAUCUUCCA